CAGCAAUACCUACCGCAUGGAAGGCGACGGCUUCUAUCGCCCAGACUUCUUUAAUGCCCGCAAACUCGACCGUUUUCCCAUCAGUCCCCUAGAAUGGGUGCAUUUCUUCAAGCGCUUGAACCUCCAACUGCUCGUCAAGAUCAACACACGCGCUCUCUUCGCCCUUUACCCCCUCCGUGUUCGCAUCAGCCCCGAAGAACAAGCCACGGACCGUGUCAUCCGAUUCGCCUACGACACCGAACGCGUGUAUCUUCAGGGAGUUGAAUGGGACGGCCAGCAGAGCCUACUCGACUUCAUGUUCGAUAAGGUGGUCGCAGCCGUGCCGCCCCCACAUAGAAGCGCUCACAAGUUUGACCGCGAGAUGCGGAAGAUCUUCGAGAGCAUUCGACUAUCUAUGUUUUUCGAAUAUGUCGACACUGGAAUCACGCAUGCGCAGAUAUUCAGCGGGCCGAUACCUGAAGAUGCGCUUCAUAACUUUAGCCGCCUGCUUAUCUUCUAAGCUUUCUUUUACUCUUGGUGCUAGGUUGGGCAAUACUGUAGUACUAGGGCCGUUCUGGGGAUGGGAGUGGCACAUUGUGGGUAUAAUAUUUGCAUACUGCGGCGAGGAAAUUCCACAUACUCCUCGAUUUCCUUCUUCACUGUAUUAAAAUCAGGUUUGUCACUCGGCUACUUUCAUUUUGAACUUGUGUGAAAAUCGCAAAGCCGCCGCUGGGUAAACAGACAAUGCACUUGACAGUGUCACCUACGCUACUUCAGAAAUCAGAAACAAAAUACAAUAUCGGUG